AGGGGAGGAACCACUGCCUGGAACUUUGAUUAGUGCUGGCACUGCUGGAUUCACGCUGACCACAGACCACAGCAGACACCCUUCUGCUCCCCAGGAAGAGCCGGGGCAGCCGGUCCCCACCCACUCAGCCCCCCACGGAGAUGCUGCCUGGAGCCUGGCUGUGCUGGGCCUGCCUCCUGCUGGUGGCCAGGCUCACCCAGCCCUGCCCUGUGGGGUGUGACUGCUUCGACCGGGAGGUGUUCUGCUCCGAUGAGGAGUUGGCCGCCAUCCCGCAGGACAUCCCGCCACAUGCCACAGACAUCGUCUUCGUGGAGACCUCGUUCACCACGGUGGGGGCCAGGGCCUUUGGCAGCAUCCCCAACCUGACCAAGGUGGUCUUCCUCAACACCAAGCUCCGUCACUUUGGGCCAGAUGCCUUCGGGGGGCUGCCCAGGCUCGAGGACCUGGAGAUCACGGGCAGCGGCUUUUCCAACCUCAGCACCGACAUCUUCUCCAACCUGACCUCACUGAGCAAGUUCACCCUCAACUUCAACACGCUGGAGGCUCUGCCCGAGAGCUUCUUCUGCCACAUGGAUGCCCUGGAGUCCCUCCAGCUGCAGGGCAACCGGCUCCAGACCCUGCCUGGGAGGCUCUUCCAGCCUCUGAAACAUCUGAAGACCCUCAACCUCGCUCAGAACCUCCUGGUCCAGCUGCCCGAGAAGCUGUUCAACCCCCUGAGCAGCCUGCAGACCCUGAGGCUGAGUGACAACGCGCUCUCCAGCCUGCCCCAGGGUGUGUUUGGCAAACUGGGCAGCCUACGGGAGCUCUUCCUGGAUGGCAACUCCAUCAAAGAGCUGCCCUCCGAAGUGUUCUCACAGCUCUUCCGCCUGGAGAAGCUGUGGCUGCAGCAGAAUACCAUCGGGCACCUGCCCCCCUCCAUCUUCUCCUCCCUGGGCAACCUGACCUUCCUAAACUUGCAGGGGAACGCGCUGCGGAUGCUGCCCGCCGGCCUCUUCGCCCAUACCCCAGGCCUGGUCGGCCUGUCCCUGUCCUACAACCAGCUGGAGACUGUCGCCGAGGGAGCCUUUGCCAACCUGUCCAGCCUCAGUUCCCUUACGCUCUCGCACAACGCCAUCACCCAUCUCCCGGCCGGCGUUUUCAGGGACCUGGGGGAGCUGAUCAAGCUCUACCUGGGCAGCAACAACCUGACGGCCUUGCACCCAGCCCUCUUCCAGAACCUGUCCAAGCUUGAGCUGCUCAGUCUCUCCAGGAACCUCCUGACCAUGCUCCCGGAGGGCAUCUUCGACACCAACUACAACCUGUUCAACGUUGCCCUGCACGGUAACCCCUGGCAGUGUGACUGCCACCUGGCCUACCUUUUCAGCUGGCUGCAGCAGUACAGCGACCGGCUCUUCAACAUCCAGACCUACUGUGCGGGCCCUGCCUACCUGAAGGGCCAGGUGGUGCCCGCCUUGAAGGAGGAGCUGCUGGUGUGCCCUGUCACCUGGGACCACUUGGGCUUCCAGGCCCCAAACCUGGAGGACAGGGAGCCAGGGGGCAGCUGGGACCUGGCUGUGGAGGAAAGGGCAGCCCGGAGCCGGUGUACCUACAGCAACCCCGAGGGUACUGUGGUGCUCACUUGUGACGAGGUCCAGUGUCGCUGGUUGAACAUCCAGCUGUCUCCUAGGCAGCGCUCGGGCUCCCCGGGACUGAUGUACAAUGCCAGUCAGGAGUGGGACUUGAAGUCGCGCUGCGGCUCUGUGAGGCUCACUGUGUCUAUCGAGGCUUGGGCAGGGGAGCCCUAGAUGCAGGCCAGACAGAGCCGUGAGCCAGGGCAGAUGGCCUCCGGGCCUGACCCGGAGGGAGGUGGGGUGGAGGGGAAGCUGAAGCUUUGGUGUUGUUUUAGAUGCUUGGGACCUAGUUCUGUCUUCAAGGUGGAGGAGGUGGAGGCGGCCACUCCACCACCAGAGUCCCCUCCUCCUCCCCUUCCUUCAUUACUCCGUCUCAAAGUCUGAGGCCUGACAAGGCCUUCCCUGAGCUUUGCAAAGCACCCGUUAAACUGGCUCAUGUUCUGGAGAAUAAAAUAACGUCUCUCCCCUGG